AUUAUCUUCGCUGAAAACAAUGGCAGAUAUGUGGCCACCGAUUGGCACAAGUGUUGAGUCGAGUCGAUCGACUCCAAGAGAUACCGUCACGUGUUGUAUGUGUGGGGACGACAUCAGCGGUUCGUUAGGCAAUCGGCGGCUACUGUUCCGCGUCGACGGCCACCACAACCUCCACAGAGAGGACAACGGCGUGUCUAAAGUGGUCCGACAGUUGCAGCGACUCAUGAGUUUGUGGCGCAAAGGCAUGUCCGCCACCGAUGGCCACGAUAGCGACUGUCACGGAGUGAUCACCAAAGAGUUGGUUGAGUGCCGACUGCCCAGCAAUUGGUGUUGUCGUCGAUGCGAACGCACUGUUGAUAAUAUGGACAAGAAGUUGGAUCUGUUGACACACUUUUACCGCCAGUUCCAGGACUGCCCGCUCGCGAUACUCGUCCGCACUCUCGAUGAUGACAACUGCGAGCACUCCGGCGAUCAUAAGCCAGUGAUGGACCAAACGAUUACUAUUCACGGACUUAUUAUUCAAGACUCGGAUCUCAAUGAGGAAUGCAAUCAAAUUGCCAUAAUCACAGAACCUAUUGGCGAAUGCAGUGAAGACAUGGCAAGUAAUGAGCCGGAGUUGGAAGUGAUGUCCAAAAAGCGUAAAUCCAGUGAAGACCUGAACGAAGAGGUGAUGGAAAGUGAAUGGCAAACACCAUCUGAUUCGACACAACCAUCAGAACCCAUAGCCGAAGAUAAUCGCCGACAAACUCGAAGUCAAACUUCCGGAGCGACACAAAUGCCAAAUAAGUCACCAAAAGUUCGCCGAAAGAAACCGAAGAAAGCAAACAAUGGCCACAAGAGUGAGUCCGCGUGUGUUGAGACAAAUGGUGUGAAAUGUGAGACAAUUUUGUCGGCCUUUGAGUCGGAGACCGACCGUCGAGUGGUGUCCGCACUCUAUGAUCACUACUACGAGGGAGUGAUGAGAGCCCUACUCCAGGAUACCGGCGCUCGAGUGGUGGCCGUACGAGAGGUGGCCCGACAUAUAUCGCGCGAGUGUUUGGCCGGAAGUAGUGAAGUGACAAAAAUGUCGCAUUCGGUCGACUCGUUGAGGGUAUCGGAGCUCCGGAAAGCGAUGGACCGGUCGAUGCCAUCCACUGUAUUACUGUUCAACGCUAUGGCCGGCACUGAUAGGCCAGGCAUAGCGAGUGGACCGGUAGUGGCGAUGAUAUCGAUUCUGAUAUAUGUGUUGAACAGUCACGCGAAUCUGUUCCAGAAGAUUGUGGCAACGGUUCUGUUGAAUGGCAAGUGUCAGCCUUCGGUGAUUCAGGCGUUGCAUAGCUAUAGGCUGUCCAUAGCGUACGAGACAUUAGUGUCGUUCCUCGACAAUAACGCGGGUACUGAUGGCAACGAUAAACGGAUCCAUAAAUUGAUUAAAGCGUUUCAGACAUGAAUUUGGA